UUCUAGGUCAAAUUACUAGUUCUGUGACAAGACAACAUGACACUUUGAGUAUGACAGAAGCCCUGAUGCUGCAACAGAGGCUGGGAAUAUUAAUGGCCAAAUCUAGAGAUCACAUGGUCUUCUAAAGAAGUCAUGGGUAGCUGUUGUAGCUGUCCAGAUAAAGAAACUGUCCCAGAUAACCAUCGAAACAAGUUUAAGGUUAUUAAUGUGGAUGAUGAUGGUAAUGAACUGGGUUCUGGCAUAAUGGAACUUACAGACACAGAAUUAAUUUUGUACACACGUAAAAGGGACUCUGUAAAAUGGCACUACCUCUGUCUCCGUCGCUAUGGCUAUGACUCAAAUCUUUUCUCUUUUGAAAGUGGCAGAAGGUGUCAAACUGGACAAGGAAUCUUUGCCUUUAAAUGUGCCCGUGCAGAAGAGCUGUUUAAUAUGUUGCAAGAGAUAAUGCAGAAUAAUAGCAUAAAUGUGGUAGAAGAGCCAGUAGUAGAAAGGAAUAAUCAUCAAACUGAGUUGGAAGCUCCAAGAACCCCUCGAACGCCUACCACUCCUGGGUUCAACGCACAAAGUUUACCUAAUGGCUAUCCCAGAUAUCCAUCUUUUGGAGAUGCUUCAUCACAUCCUUCCAGCAGACAUCCUUCUGUCGGAAGUGCACGCCUCCCCUCUGUCGGUGAAGAAUCAACACAUCCGUUACUUGUAGCAGAGGAGCAAGUGCAUACUUACGUCAACACUACUGGAGUACAAGAGGAAAGAAAAAAUCGAUCAAGUGUGCAUGUGCCACUGGAAUCAAAGCUUUCAAACACUGAAACAACUAAAGUGAAAGAAGAUCAGAUGUGUACUGAUGACAGAGAUGCUCAGGUUCUCCUGGAGCCUGAAGGAGUCAAGUUUGUUUUAGGACCAACACCUGUUCAAAGGCAGUUAAUGGAAAGAGAGAAACUGGAGCAACUUGGGAGAGACCAAGUUAGCGGCAGCAGCACAAACAACACUGAAUGGGACACUGGGUACGACAGUGAUGAACGUAGAGAAACACCAUCUGGUAAUAAAUUGGUGUAUGAAAAUAUAAAUAGGUUAUCAAUCCCUAGUGCCUCAGGGGUCAGGAGAGGUCGUUUGACAUCAAUCAGUACCUCAGAUACCCAGAACAUUAACAACUCUGCUCAGAGGAGAACUGCGCUGUUGAACUAUGAGAACUUGCCAUCCUUGCCUCCUGUUUGGGAAGCCCACAAGCUGAGUAGAGAUGAAGAUGACAGUUUAGGACCAAAGACCCCAUCUCUGAAUGGCUACCACAAUAACCUAGAUCCAAUGCAUAAUUAUGUCAAUACAGAGAAUGUAACGGUACCAGCAAGUGCUCAUAAAGUAGAAUUUACACGACGUCGGGACUGUACCCCAACAGUCUUUAACUUUGACAUUAGGCGUCCAAGUUUAGAACACAGGCAGCUCAACUAUAUACAGGUUGACUUGGAAGGUGGUAGUGACUCCGACAACCCUCAGACUCCAAAAACCCCCACCACUCCACUUCCGCAAACUCCAACCAGGCGCACAGAGCUGUAUGCUGUGAUAGACAUCGAAAGAACUGCUGCUAUGUCAAGUUUGCAAAAAGCACUGCCCCGAGAUGAUGGUACUUCUAGGAAAACUAGACAUAACAGUACAGACGUGCCUAUGUGAGCCUGGGAAGCAUGAAAUCAUUUGCACCUUUUGUGAAGUUUAUAAAAUUGAAGAUGCAAAUACCUUGCAUUUCUUAACACUAACGCCUUUUAUAGACUAAUAGAAUUUUUUCUGCAUACUUCAUGUACUUGUCUAACUAAAGGGAAUUAAUGUAGAGCAAGUAUUCAUUUAGGUAACACUUUCAUUCUACAGUAGUAGUCAUUACUGCAUAGCAGCAUCAUCACCUUUCACAGUGCCUCUUUAAAUUGAUUAGAGUCUGAGUGAUAUGCCAGUGUUGAAUUUAUAAAUAUUCUGGUCUGGUGCCUAUACUUAUUGAUGGCAUUUAUAACACUUUUAAAAGCCUCUUGAUAUGUGCAUUAUUAGCAGGUAAACCUAAUCUUUCAAGAUACCUAUGUUAUGUUUAUUCCUCGUUGAAGUGGCUCCUCCAGAAUGAAAUGUAUGUAAUGCAUUAAUUCACUCAGUUUGACAUACACAAGAUAUCUUGGUUCAUCUCAAAAGAUAUAAACACCACACCUUUUUUUGUCUGUUUGGGUUUUUUUUAGGACCACAUGGGCAAGAAGGCCUUUAAUUCCUAAUAGUUUUCUUAACUUGUGUGAUGUUUAAGAGGUCACAUCGAAGUUUGUUAUCAGAGCUAUAAACACAUCAAAACCCAGCCUUAAGCUGCUUCCACUGGAAAUGAAUUCCAAGUGGUGUAUCAAUUCCCUGUGAAACCUGACAGAAUUUUAAUCUCAUUAGAGUUGUGGAGGGUUUUUUUGUGA